AUGAUCGACCAAGAUAACAACCUGGUGUGGCGACAUGGAAGCUUUAACGUGUGUAUCCCAGUACAUAUCAACAACUCUGGACGAUCUCUACCUGCGAAAAUGGCGUUCAGGGUGCCUUUGCCAUAUAAGAUUGGUGAAGAAGCAUUCCCUGGCAAUGCAGAGGAGAAGGUGCGGUCUGAGGCUGCAACAUACAUCUGGAUCAAUGAGAACUGUCCGGAUAUACCUAUUCCAAAGCUACAAGGAUUUGGAGUCCCUGGUAGUCUCAGUCCCAGCUUUGUUCCACUCUGGCAAAGGAUCAAGUCUGAUAUCUGGCGCUUUAUCUGUCGUCUGUGUGGAAGCCCAGGAUUUUGCAAAUACAUCCCACGCAAGAGAACUACAUUCUUCGAACAUGGUUAUAUCUUGAUUGACUGGAUCGAAAGCGACGAAUCACAAAUGCUCUCGUACACAUUUAACAAACCGCAUACAGAAGCACAGACCCAGAAUCUUUAUCGAAGCAUGUCAAGAAUUAUGAUUUCUCUUGCUAAGAUUCCACAAUCUCGGAUUGGCUCUUGGACCAUUGAUAAUGUUGGCCAAAUUAGUCUGUCCAAUCGUCCCAUGUUCUGUCACCUUCAUCAACUGGAAAACUGGACUAUCCCAACUGAUAUCCCGCGGAACAUGACCUACACAAGUGCCGAUAGUCUCUAUCUUGAUUUACUUGCUGGCCACGACAAUCGUUUCCAAUAUCAAGGAAAUGCCGCCUUUAGCGAAACAGAUGCACGUGCCCAAGCUAGAGAUCUAGUGCUUAUGAGAGCAGUUCUUCAUAAAUUUACCAGUCGACAUCUCCGUGAUGGCCCAUUUGUCAUGCAGCUAACAGAUCUGUAUAUCGGCAAUAUCUUUGUUGACAAGGACUGGAAUAUCAAAUAUGUUAUCGAUCUCGAAUGGGCAUGCUCUCUACCGCUUGAGAAAUUGCUGCCUCCAUGGUGGCUAACGGACAAGGGUGUUGAUCAAAUCAAAGGCCCAGAGUAUGAACGGUUCAAGGCAUGCUAUGAGCAAUUUACGGAUAUAUUUGAACAAGAGGAGAUGGGCGCACCACUACGUCACAAUGGACACCACUACUCUCGGGCCGCAAGUAUGAAAAGUGCUUUAGAGGAUGGUCGAUACUGGUACUUGAAUGCAUUGCAGACCCCAAAGGGUUUGUUCAAUCUUUUCAGAAGACAUAUUAAGCCAUUUUAUGAUAAUGUCUCUAAAGAAUCCCUCUCCGCAGCUUUAUCUCCAUUCUGGACACUUGGAAUGACUUCAUUUAUGGAUUCAAAACUGGAAGAAUUUUCCCAGUACCGCCAAGAGGUUCGCGACAUUUUCAAUAGCGAAAAGAGUGGAAAGCCUCACUUCUACCUAUGA